AUGCCACCUCCGUUGGGGGAGCCGGCCUUCCGCAGCGAGGAAUCUGAGAGUGGUGCAACAAGAGAGCUGAGUACCAAGCUAGAGCCGAACCUUCUGCGCGGAGUCCCUCUGCACGUGGCACUGACCGGCUGGGGUCGGCACUGGAAGAAUUCGGAGAAUGGCAUGUUCACGCUGGAGCAAGGACCGCAAGGGGAGGCGAAGAGAUACGAGCUGAGCUGUCCCACGGCUUCCUUGGAUGCCUUCCUCAGCCACGACUGGGCCUCGAACGCACGGCUCAAGGUCUUGUCUUUGGUCAUCAUCUACAACUCCCGAGCUGCUUUCCUGGCGUGCCUUGCUGUCAGCAUCCUCGUGGGGGUGCUGAGAGCAGAAGGGCUGCUUCCUUCCGAGAUCUGGAUGGCCACCUUUGGCCACCUCAGCUUCUUCUUUGUCCUGGCUCUCUGGCAGCGCAUCCGCAUGCUCUUCUGCAGACCUCAACUGGUGUUUUUGGACAAGCUUUGCAUCUCCCAGCAGGACGAGCAGUUGAAGCAAGCCGGCAUCCUCGGCAUAGCCGGCUUCCUGAUGGCUUCGAGGAAGUUGAUUGUCCUCUGGUCGCCGCGCACCUUUUUGCGUGUUUGGUGCGGCUUCGAGAUUGGGACAUUCCUCAGGGAUCGGCAGCGCCGAAUUCAGAUCAUGCCAUUGAAGACGGGUGCCCUGCUGCUGUUGGGAUCUCUCUGCUGGCAUGUCUUGAGCUUGUGCUUCCACGUCUUCUCGAAGUCGGAGGAUGCCCUACUGGACUUCAAGGUGAACUUCAACGUGCUGGCAUUGGUUUCAGCUCUGAUGAUCCUGGUCUUCGCGCUGGUCCUGCCGCUGGUGUACGCCAUCGGCAUUGAGCUGAUGCGCGAACUUGCGGGGUUGCUGCAGCAGCUGGCCCAGUUCCGCAUGCAGGACGCAACCUGUUUCUGUUGUUCCAAUGGCCAUGCACAUCCGCAAACGGGAGCUCCCAUACCGUGCGACCGGCAGCUCGUGUUCAAGCUGCUGCACAAAUGGUAUGGCAGGGGUCAGGACGCAGCAGAGUUCAUGAGCGAGGAUGCCUUGGAGUCCUUCAACACCAUGGUGCGCAAGCAGCUUGCUCCCCGUGUCGUUUCCGGUUUGGGGGCGAGCACGCUGCCGCUUCCCUACACCGUGUACAUGGUCGGCAGCUGCUGCCUGCCAUAUCUGUCGCUCUACAUUCCACUGUGGCUUGAAGAAGCCCGCGGCUUCUCCGGCUUUGAGCUCUUCGCCAAGAGCAUAAGGCUUUUUCUGGACUGGGCAAUCGUCGGAGUUGUGAGCGUCUUCUUCACCAGGCUGUCACUACUUCUUUGGAGGGUUGGUCUUAACCUACAAAGGUGUGAGGCCUGGGGGAGGGGUGCGGUGGUCGCAGUGCUGGUUCUUAGUGGCGUGACCUUGCUGCUGCUUCUCUGGAUUCCAUUCGAGCUCUGCAUGUUUGCCACGAGCGACACGAGCUUGCUUCCGCUCCUUCCUUUCCUUGGAGCCCUGGUGGCCACCUUUGGCGUCUUCUCCCUGGGUUACCUGCACGAGAUCGAAGCAGAAGACUGCUGCCCUCCCAGAGACGUCGUCGAUCGCCAGGACAGCGAAGGCAGGAUGUUCGAGAGUGGCGGAAAAGAUUCCUGCAUCCUUCUCAAGCGGCUGCUGAGGACGAUCACUCUGCAGAGUUUGAACUAUUUCUCUCGACCUCACGAUGGUGGGAUCAGGAUGGAUCCCAUCGGAGGACGGGCAGCUUGGCUUGGGGGGGCACUUGAGCCGAAGGAUUGGAUGGUCACUCUAACGGCCCAAGAUGAAGAGGACCUUGACCUGGAAAUUCAGCGUUUGGAGAAGAGUGGCAAGAGCAUCCACCAGUUGCGAAGAUCAGAUCUGCAAUAUUCGGACAGGCUCAUUGCCAAAGUUGACUCUUGGCGCAAUGAGCUGAACCCGAGGCAGCACGAUGGCCUUGGCUUUGUGGUAGUACGUGGAGUGCCGACGCAUCGGUGGACCGAACAUCAGUCGGAGCUCUUCUUCUGGUCCUUGGGUCAACUGUUGGGCAUUCCUGGUGCCCAGUCUGGGCGUGGAGAACUUCUGGGCCAUGUCCGUAAUGAGUACCAUGGGCGGAACACGACUGGCUUGCACGAGCGCCAGUACCGCACGAAUGAAGACAUCUUCUUCCACUGCGAUGCCGCCGAUGUGGUGGGUUUGCUCUGUCUGACACCUGCUAAGAAAGGAGGUGCCUCUCGGAUCGCCAGCAGUGUUACAAUCUACAACGAGAUUCUCAAAAGGCGACCAGACCUCAUCCCUCGAUUGUACGAGGAUUUCUACCUGGACACCCGCGGCGAUGGAGGCACCAGGCAUGUGCCCAUCAGGCCUGUGAGCUACUACAAGGGGGAUCUCAAGACCUUCUGGCACACCGGCUACUAUCGAUCGGUCUGGGACUACGACUUUAUGCCUGAAAUCGAUCCUACGACGCUGGAGGCUAUCAAGGUUUAUGACGAGAUUGCUAAUGACCCAGCUGUCCAGCUCACCAUGCAGUUCCAGCCAGGAGACAUUCAGCUGCUGAGCAACCACUACAUUGUCCAUGCCCGUGGGCCCUUCGAAGACCAGGACGACCCCAACCUCCGGCGACAUUUGCUCCGGCUCUGGCUUUCCCUGGAGAACCGAGAGAAGGACAGCAGAGAAGUGCUCCUCAAGGAAGUUGACCGAGUCAAACUCGUGUCCAAGCUCAUGGCCGUCAGGCUGCGGAACCUGGCGUCCAAGCUCGGAUUGCUGGCGAGAGGGGGGUCUGCUCUGUCCGUCGAGCAGGGAGCCGGCCACGAGCGGGCCCCGAGAGGUGUUGUGCAGUGUGCAGCCUUCCAAAGCUUUAGGCCGCCAUGCCCGUGCUUGCGUCGGGAGCCGCCGGCAGCGGUUCGGGUAUCUACCGUACGUGUCUUUUCCGCUAGUGCUUCGGCGGCAGCAACCGCAGCAGCCACCGGCGCCUUCACGUACAACCGAGCAAACUACCUCUUUGAUGCCGGCCUUCGAUUCUCCCGGUACACGGCAGGGUACAACUUUGCCAUGGCACAGGCAACGCAGUACCGACAAGAUAUCCGAGAUCUCACAGCCCUGACCGUUACCAAGAUGGAUACCUACCAUGUGAUCGGCGUGAUCUUUUUCGUGUUGAACUUCCAAUUGAUCAUGGCUGGACGUCUCGGCGUCCACGGCCCAUCCCCUCCUGGGUAUAUCAUGGGGAUCUACUGGGUGUGCUCCACAAGUGCUCUCAUGUUCCUCUGCGUGCUCAUUUGGUUCACCCUGCACGCAUCAGCUCGCGCCACCGCUGGCAUGGCCCACAUGUUGACGCGCAGCGUGCGUCUGCCCAUCCCUACACCCAAGCAGCUUGACAAGGCGCGACGCACUGGAAAUAUGUUUGAGAAGCAACGGGUCACGGACGUCUUCCGAGUUCCCUUUGUCGUGCCUGCACCCAAGGAGCCCUCGGCGGAGGAGGGCGCGGACCCGGCCAAGAAGAACGCCGCAGCUCCGGAGGGGAAGAGCGGCAGCCAGCGCAGGAUGCCGAAGUGGUACCAAGACGAGACGAAGGAUCUCCACAGCUCCAAGGGUGGAGCACCGGCAGCCACCCGGGGUGCGAAUCCAGAGCACUUCGAGCUCUACCGCGGCCUGCAACAGGAAUGGGCCGUGCAUGACUGCUACGCUCGCAUUGGCAUCCUCUAUUUCUUCUCCCACUGGAUCACGGCAGCGGCGAUCUACACGCAGUGCCAUUGCUUUGGCGAGUUGCGCGCA